AUGCCCCGGUCCUUCCUGGUGAAGAGCAAGAAGGCGCACAGCUACCACCAGCCCCGCGCCCCCGACGGGGAGGGCAGCCUCAGCCUGGAGAGCGUCCUGGCCCAGAUCUGUGCAGACACCAAGGUCUCGGGGCAGCUGAACCUGGACCUCCCCGAGCCGGAGCCUGCCCCCGGCCGCUUCUCCCCGGCGUCUCAGCUGCCCGAAGGGACGGAGGGCACCUCGGACUCGGCUCCCAGCUGCGAGGGCAGCUUGUGCGACAGAGCCGCGGAGCUGGAGGAUUUCUGGAGGCCGCCGUCUCCUUCCGCUUCUCCAGCUUCCGAACGUUCCAUCUGUCCCUCCUUGGAUGAAACUUCUCCUUUCUUGGUACCCUUGAAACCUUAUGCAUGGAGUAGCCUGGGCAGUUCAGAGCUGAGACAUUUGGUACAGAACUACAGGCCCUGCCCAACUCUGGAACGUAGCUCAUCCCUUGGUCUCUUCUGUGAGCGGGGAUCUGAGUCCACACUCUAUGGAACAGAGCGCAGCUCGGCUCUGGCACUCUAUAGUGACUUUAGCUCCCCUGGACUCUUUGAGCGGCCAGCAGUUACCCCCGGAAUCUACGUAGAAGCCCCGCCUGGACUCCCACAAGAGAAAAGUGCAAGUGGCAUCAAGGUGGAAUCAGAGCUCCUCUGUCGCCCUCUAUUGAUCAGCACUGGGUCCUACAAGUGUGUCAAAUGCAGUAAGGUCUUCUCCACUCCCCAUGGCCUGGAGGUGCAUGUUCGUCGUUCACAUAGUGGCACCAGACCCUUCGCUUGUGAGAUGUGUGGCAAGACCUUUGGCCACGCAGUUAGCUUGGAACAGCAUAAAGCUGUGCAUUCACAGGAGCGCAGCUUUGACUGUAAAAUCUGUGGUAAGAGCUUCAAGAGAUCCUCCACCUUGUCCACCCACCUCCUCAUCCACUCAGAUACCCGGCCUUAUCCAUGCCAGUACUGUGGGAAGAGGUUCCACCAGAAAUCUGACAUGAAGAAGCAUACUUUUAUCCAUACAGGUGAGAAGCCCCACAAAUGCCAGGUGUGCGGCAAAGCUUUCAGCCAGAGUUCCAACCUCAUCACUCAUAGUCGUAAACAUACCGGCUUCAAGCCCUUUGGUUGUGAUCUUUGCGGGAAAGGUUUCCAGAGAAAGGUGGAUUUGCGGAGACACCGGGAGACACAGCACGGUCUGAAAUGA